AGGCUAGGAUGCAGCUCCCAGCUCUGUGCUGCGGGGUCUCACUGCUGCUGCUCGUCCUGCUACAGGCAGGGGCACAGGCGGCUGGCGGCGAGCGCAGCGUGGAGCUGCAGUCCCUGCAGGAUCUCCUCGAGGCGCUGGGGCAGCUCGAGGGUGAGGAAGGCGGACUCCCAGGCCUGGAAGAUGAGCCAGCGGCCGGGGCUGAGGACGGCGGCGCCGAGUGGGACCUGCUGGGACCGGAGAGCAGCUCGCAGGCUGCCCUGCAGCCGGGCUCCAGCCCUCCCCAGCUGGCGGAGGGGCAGAGCCAGUGGAGGAACCUCCUCUCCUCCUACAGGCGGAGGCAAUUCUCUGGCUGCUUUGGGACGCGGAUGGAGAGGAUCGGCGCGCAGACGGGACUGGGAUGCAACCACUACAAAGCCCGUUUCUGGAGGAGAGGGAGAAGCUGAACCCGAUGCCAGCUCUGAAGCACCUUCUGAGUCCCUGGGCCAGAGGGGGCAGCAGUGUCCAGCCGCCAGGCAGCUGGGCUGCUGCUGCAAGAAGAGCUGCACUGCCCUGGACCCUCCGUGGGU